AUGUUUCUCCGAGCUGGGCACGCCGAAACUCACCUCCCGACCCUCCGCGCCCUCAUCCGCGCCAACCCGCUGGGCAUCUUCACCACCGCCAUCGACUCACCCAAAUUCCCAUUUCUUCAGUCCAGCCACAUCCCCUGGAUCCUCGACGUCCAAGAUGAAGACAGCGAGACCGAGCUAGGUGUCCUCCGCGGCCACAUGGCCCGGGCCAACCCCCAGGCAAGAUCCCUGAUAGAGCACCUCAGCGCCGGCGACAGCGCCGCCCCGUCCCCACCGGCUGGUCCCCGAAAGCUCGAGAGGGACGUCAUGGUCCUCUUCAACGGGCCGGCGCACCACUACGUGACGCCCAAGUUCUACGUCGACACCAAGCCCGCGACGGGCAAGGUCGUGCCGACGUGGAACUACGCCGCCGUGCAGGUGUACGGCAAGCUCAGCGUCUACUACGACACCAAGGACCAGUCCACCGACGCCUUCCUGUCCGAGGCCGUCGCGGACCUGUCGCAGCUCGCCGAGACGCAGAUCAUGGGGUACGAGAAGCCGUGGCAGGUCGGGGACGCGCCGGGGGCCUACAUCGACCUGCUCAAGAAGGCCAUCAUCGGGAUCGAGAUCGAGAUCACGGACAUGGGCGGGAAGUGGAAGAUGAGCCAGGAGAUGGAGCGGGGUGACAACCAGGGCGUCGAGGACGGGUUUAAUGCCCUGGGCACCGAUGAGGGUAGGCAGAUGGCAGAGAUGGUGAGGACGCGCAGGAAGGAGGAGCAGAAGUCUUGA